CACCUGUUCGUCUCCCUCCACAAGCCAGCAAUUGGUGCGGAGCUUCCUUCUGUCCGCUCGACCUGACCUUGGGCCAUAAUCGAUCCAAAGCCACAAUGUUUCGUGGACUUGUACGCUGCACCUUCCCUUCGUGAGGGUUGAUCUAGGCCGCCCGCCAUGCUCUCAGUUCGCCGGAUCUGAUCUGAUGGCUUCCGGGUGUGGAAUUACCCCUCAAUCCGCUCGGCUCCUGCCGCAAUUAUAUAGUUGCACGCGAGCUCAGCUCUGAGGUUGCCAGGCGUUCCAGCCCUCAAAAUGCGACGACUCUCGCUCUCGCGUUGAUGUAUUCCGGAUAUUCAUCACCGACAUCAGAUCAAAGGCUGUAGCCAGAAUCAUCAUCGUUGUCACCGCAAUCGUAACCAGGGUUCGAAUCGUCGAAUCGUCGCGAAACGCAGGGUUGGCUGGGCGGACGUUUCGGUCAUGCCAACAUCACCACAGCUGCGAUGUCUCUGCCACUUGGUGCGAAAGCAGAAUGCUGGGUUUGGUUUACGUUAGCCAUCUCCUCGGUAAUCCUGAGAUUCAUGUCGCAGUACAUCAUUCGAAAGCACAAGUUCCUUAGCGACAUCCCCGUGGACGACGUUCUGAUGCUCAUUCUGGUCUUUACGUACACUACGGCAAUCGCUGCCCUGUACAAGUACUUUGACAUCGCCGUGGAAACUGAAAUCGAUGCUCUCACCCCGGAAGAGAAUUUCGCAAUCGGUCGCAAACUGGGGAUCAUUAACAUCCUCGCCGAAACGGCCAUACAGACGACCUUGUGGGGCAACAAGUGCUGCCUACUCUUGCUGUACGACCGCCUGGCUCUCUUCGGUCACUAUCACAAUACGUUGAUUUUUGUCGCCACUUACACGGGGUUGGCAUAUCUCGCGGUCAUUGUUGCAUUGUAUGGAGGAUGGUGUCGCCCGUUCUCCGACUACAUGGAACUGAAUCCUCGAAACGUCCAGUGUUUGACGUGGACGAAUUACAACAUCCUUCAGAUCACGAUGAACCUCUCGACGGAUCUUAUCCUGCUGCUGAUACCCGUUACGCUCAUCAGCCAGCUGAAGAUGAGGAUAGGAAAGAAGCUCCUCCUCAUCUGCCUGUUUAGCAUGGGCGUGUUCGUCAUGCUCUGCGCGACCCUAAUGAAGGUCACCGUCUUCACCAACCCGACCAACCCCGUCUGGUUCCUGUGGUCCGUUCGCGAAGUCAGCAUGACGAUGCUGGUCGGCAACCUCGUCCUCAGCAUGCCUAUCCUCCGGACCUUGUGGCGCUGCUUCGUCCCCGGGGCCGGCGACAGCAUGGGAGACAAACCCUCAAUUGCGGACUCGGGCGCUACGUCCACGGUUACAAAGAGCGGUGCAAGGGACCCCGCCGUGUCGGCGGCUUCGGAGCCGAGCGCGUCGAGGCCAGUGCCCCCGACGAGGGUGGCGAUCAACAGCGUGUACACGGAUGUUGAUAUCUAUGGCGAGGCCGGGCCGGGUAGCACGAGCCAGAGGAUAUCGCUGGGGCAGGAGAGUGUAUGAAAUUCGCCUGGAGGGGGGUUUAAUGACUGCGGCUCAUGGUUUUUAAUUAGCUAGCUGUACAUACGCCAUGCAGUUCCCUGGAUGAUGAACCGCUGUAUGAUAGAUGGGGUUUUCGCAGAAGACGACGAGACGCGCCAAUCAAGAGAUGAGACAAACAAACACACACUGCUCAGA